AAACCACACUCAGGACCCAGGGAUAAACAUGGUCUUGACCCCCUUGGCUUUCUCUCACUCACAAAGAUCAAACAUAGCACACUGGCUAGUGGCAGGACGAAAGAAAGAGAGUAGCCUUUUUAUUAGUGCGUUGGAGACUCUAAUUCUCUUCGAAGAAGAAUCUCUCUACCCUUCUCUUUCUCCGUUUUCCAUGGAAGGAGACGAACCUCGUGGAGGAGGAGCAGGAAGCGAUUCUCUUUCUGUCAAGAGGAAAUUCUCUGAAAUCGAUGACGAUUCUUCUCCUAUGAACGGUUCCGAGUGGAUGGUGUACGAGGUUGCACAGACCAGGAACAGUAUUGCUGUUCUGGAGACAGGAAUUGAUAAGUUUGGGGUAAUCAACUUGCUUAUAAAACCCAUGCCUUCUUCUGAUUCCCCCAAAAGAUUCAUCAUUUGCUUGGCCCCUACUGUCAUUCUCGUCAAACAGCUUUGCUGUGAGAUUAGAGAACAUGUAAAUCUGAAGGUUGAAGACUACUAUGGAGCUAAAGGAGUUGAUAAGUGGACAUCACACCGCUGGGAAGAGGAACUUUCCAAGAACGAGGUUCUAGUUAUGACUCCUCAAAUAUUUCUAGAUGCCCUUAGAGGUGGAUUCCUGAAAGUAGAGAUGGUACGCCUUCUAGUAAUAGAUGAAUGCCACCGCACCACUGGCAAUCAUCCUUAUGCAAUGAUUAUGAAGGAGUUCUAUCACAAAGCUACAGACAAACCGAGGAUGUUUGGAUUGACUACGACAGCCGCCAUUAGAAAAGAUCAAGUAUCAGAACUGGAGAACCUCAUGGACUCGCAGAUUUUUAAUCCUCAAGGGAAGAAAGGGGUGGACAAGUUUGGUACAAAUGUGAAAGAAGGUCCAGUAUUUUAUGACCCACCACCUUUAUGCCGUCUGGAACUGAAAGAUAAGUUGCGAACUUCACACCUCAAGUUUGAUGCUUCUCUGUUAAGUCUUCUUCAAGAAAUGGAAAAAGGCAAUUGUCAGGACGUGGAGGAGAAUAAGUUUAAGGCAUAUCAAAAGCGAUUGUCCAAUGACUACCACGAUAUUUUGCAUUGCCUUCAUAGUCUUGGCCUCAUUUGCGCACAUUUGGGAGCUGAAAUCUGCUUGGAGAAAAUCUCGGAAACCGAAACUUACAACGAAUGCUCAAUGGUGUGCAAGGAGUUUCUUAGUGAUGUUUUAUCCACACUUGGGCUGUUUUUGCAGCAAGAAGAAAAGGAUUCGGUAGAUUUGCAGCAAGACAAUCCGUCAGCAGUGAUUUCGGAACUUGUAUCUCCGAAGUUACAAGAACUUUUCCAUCUAUUGGAUUCAUUGAGAGGUGAAAUGCAAAAGCCAUGCCUUAUUAUAGUUGAGAGAAUCAUAACUGCAGAAGUGAUCGAAAGAUACUUGAAGAAACAAGCCUCUUUAGGUUACCUUUACGUCUUAUACUUAGUCGGAGACAACGCCUCUACCCAUGCAUUGGCACAGAAAAUGCAAGAUUCAUUUCAUGUUGGCAAGGUAAAUCUUGUAUUUAUCACUGACGUGGUCGAAGAAGGGUUUCACAUGCCAGAUUGCUCAUGCAUGGUAUGUUUUGACCUGCCCAAAACAGUGUGUAGUUACUCACAGUCUCAAGAACUGGCCGAACAGAGUAACUCUAAGUCUAUUAUGUUUCUUGAAAGGGGGAACCCGAGCCAAAGAGAUCAUCUGUAUGACCUUAUGCGAAGACAAGUACCAAAAGAAACUCCAAACCGGAGAUUGUGUCCACCUCCGGAAGCGAAUGGUCAGGACGUGAGAGAGAACGGAACCACGGUUAUUCCAGAUCCUAACACCACUGUUCAUGAUGAACCAGCGCCAAAAGAGCAGUCGGCUAAUAAAAGGUUAUGUCAACUGCAAGUGUUGGAUAAGAAUCUGCUACAAUGCAGCGCCAAAGAGAAGGCCGCCUCUUCUAAAAGUAAAUCAUCUUCGUCGGCUGCAGGUUCCAAAAAGCGGAAGGAGUUGCACGGGACAACCCGUGCAAACGCAUUGUCAGGAAUCUGGGGAGAAAAUCUUGAUGGCGCCAUCUUUCAGGCUUAUAAAUUGGACUUCUGGAGUAAUAUCUCUGGGGACGCGUACUCUAGUUUCUCUCUUCUGAUAGAGUCAACCCUUGCCGAUGAUGUUGGUAAUGUCGAGAUGGGCCUUUACUUGGUCAGAAAGUAUAUAAAGGCUUCUGUUUCACCUAGUGGCCAGAUACGUUUGAGUCAAGAAGAGAUGGUCAAAGCAAAGUGUUUUCAGCAAUUUUUCUUCAAUGGCAUGUUCGGAAAGUUGUUUGUUGGAUCCAAGUCACUGGGAACAAAAAGAGAAUUUCUGCUUCAAACUGACACAAGUUCUCUUUGGCAUCCUUCCUUCAUGUUUUUAAUGCUACCGGUUGAGACCAGUGAUCUAGUUUCGAGUGCGACGGUUGAUUGGUCAGCGAUCAAUUCCUGUGCCUGUGUAGUUGAUUUCUUGAAGAAAAAUUCCCUUUUAGAACUUCAGGUUGGUGAAGAAAAUCAUUGCAACACCUCAUCCGGUCAGAAAGGGACACAAAAGAAAGACACGGAAACGAAUCUGAUUCAUUUUGCCAACGCUUCGUCUGAUAAAAAUAGCAUCGAAGAAAUUGUGGUCAUUGCGAUUCACACCGGAAGGAUAUACUCUAUAGUGGAAGCGGUCAAAGAUUCUUCUGCUAUGAGCCCGUUUGAGGACGAGGCCUCAUUAGAAUAUGCUACUUAUGCAGAAUAUUUUAAUAAAAAGUAUGGGAUUGUUUUGGCGCACCCAAACCAGCCAUUGUUGAAGUUGAAGCAGAGUCACCAUGCGCACAACCUCUUAGUCAACUUCAAUGACGAAGUGAUUGAGAAGAAAGAACCAAAAGUUGGUAUUGUUAGAAAAACAAAACCCAACAUCCACGCUCAUUUGCCUCCGGAGCUCUUGGUCAGAAUUGACGUACCACGUUCUGUGAUAAAAUCAAUCUACUUAUUACCAUCAGUGAUGCACCGCCUAGAGUCUCUAACGUUGGCCAGCCAACUUAGAGAAGAGAUUGGUUGUAGCAUCGAUAACUUCAGUAUAUCUAGUACAUCGGUUCUUGAAGCACUUACAACACUUACAUCCGCUGAAGCGUUUUCCAUGGAACGUUUGGAAUUGCUUGGGGAUUCAGUCUUGAAGUAUGUUGUGAGUUGUUCUCUAUACCUUAAGUAUCCUAACAAAGACGAGGGACAACUUUCACGUGAGAGGCAAUCGAUUAUAUCUAACUCAAAUCUUCACCGCUUGGCUACAAAUCGCAAACUACAGGGAUACAUAAGAAACGGUGCCUUUGAACCGCGUCGGUGGACCGCACCUGGUCAAUGUUCUCUCUUUCCCGUUCCUUGCAAGUGUGGGAUUGAUAGUAGAGAAGUACCGUUGGAGCCAAGAUUCUUUACAGAGAACAUGACUAUAAAAAUUGGCAAGUCUUGUGACAUGGGUCAUAGAUGGACGGUUUCAAAAUCUGUAUCAGAUUGCGCUGAGGCCCUGAUUGGUGCCUAUUAUGUCAGCGGUGGAUUGACUGCGGCUCUUCACAUGAUGAAAUGGCUUGGCCUUGACGUUGAAUUUGACAGAGAACUAGUGAAUGAAGCCAUCAAUAGAGUUUCUCUACGGUGUUACAUCCCUAAAGACGAUGAGCUUACGGAGUUGGAGACAAAGAUCCGACGUGAAUUCUCUUCAAAGUUCCUUUUGAAAGAGGCUAUCACACACUCAUCUGUUCAUGAAUCCUACUCCUACGAGAGAUUGGAGUUUCUUGGCGAUUCCGUUCUGGAUUUUCUUAUCACCCGACAUCUCUUUAACACCUACGAAAAGACGGGGCCUGGAGAGAUGACAGAUCUUCGUUCUGCAUGUGUAAACAACGAAAAUUUCGCGCAAGUUGCGGUGAAAAAUAAUCUGCAUACCCACCUUCAACGCUGUGCUACGGUUCUUGAGACUCAACUAAAAGAGUAUCUGAAGUCUUUUUCAAAGCCAGAUGAGACUGGUAGAACAAUCCCUUCAAUACAAGGCCCUAAGGCUCUUGGGGACAUGGUGGAGAGUAUCGCUGGAGCAUUGCUGAUCGAUACAAGGUUAGAUCUUGAAGAAGUGUGGAAAGUCUUUGAGCCGUUGCUUUCUCCACUUGUGACACCUGAUAAACUUCAGCUUCCUCCAUACCGAGAGUUCAAUGAGCUGUGCGACUCUCUCGGGUAUUUCUUCCGUGUGAAAUGCGCAAAUGAUGGUGUGAAGGCACAAGCCAUGAUCCAGUUACAGCUGGACGAUAUUCUUUUGACUGGAGAUGGAUCUGAACAGACAAAUAAACUGGCACUGGGAAAAGCAGCUUCCCAUCUGCUUAAGCAACUUGAGAUGAGAAACAUUUCACGUAAAACUGGGAACGGGGAUGAUCAAAGCUCCAUGGAUAUUAAACUUGCUUGCAAUCUUAGCGACAGAGAAACUCCGUCUUCAGAUUCUGUCGAAAUGCAGGGCACAGUGGUUCCAGUUAUUGGGCCUAUAAACAUGAAGAAAGGAGGGCCCCGUGGAACAUUACAUGAGUUCUGCAAGAAGCAUCUCUGGCCAAUGCCUACUUUCGACACUUUGGAAGACAAGUCUCGAACUCCCUUUGAAUUCACAGAUGGCAAUGAGAAGCGGACUAGCUUCAGCAGUUUCAUAUCGACCAUAACCCUGAGGAUACCUAAUCGUGAGGCUGUGAUGUAUUCUGGAGAAGCCAGGCCUGACAAGAAGAGUUCCUUCGACUCUGCAGUCGUGGAACUGCUCUAUGAGCUCGAGCGCCGCAUGAUCCUGACUAUAAAAAAAGUAAAAUAAUUGCGACUCUAAAAUAAGUUAACUACUAAAUGCUAUACAUUUGAGGCGAUCUUGCAAUCACCAAAUAAUCUAGUAUGUUGACUAGGUUUAGAUUGAUUUGUAUCCAAAAUCUCUGAUCUAUCUUAUGAAUGUUAUGCCUUAAUGAUAAGCUCUAAAACAUUACUAGA